GAAACCGCUGCAGGUGGUAGCAGUAAAAGAUCCAGCAAAUAUCCGAUGGUUUCAGAGCGCCAGUGCGGCGGCGCCCUGUCAAGCGCGAGAUAAAAUCCGCCGGACCCCCGCGAUUUCCCCCACUCCGCGUUUCCUCUCUCGAUUUGUCCAAAUCUUUUGUUCUCCUUCUCCACCGGCGAUUAGUUUGUUGUUUCCGGCAUCACUCCGCACUAGGCCGCCCCUCGCCCGCGCUGGCCUCGUCGUUUCCUUCCCCAAUUCCGCCGCCCCACCCCGCCCGAUAUUUAUUUCCUGCCUCGGUAUCCAUUUCCGUUGAUAGAUUUUUCCAGCUUUCGCUGCCUCGCCGUUGCUGCUAAUAUCCGCGCUGGGAUAUUUCUUCUUUUGCUUUCUUGGCCGCGCGGCUCGGCCCGUCCCCCUGGAGGCCUCCGGAUCUUUCGAUCGCGGCGAGCAGGCGGCUCAAGAUAGUUCGUGAAUAGGAAGGCUGAUAGGUAGGUUAGGGUUUUGGGAGUUGUUUUUGUCUCUGCUCCAGUACAUAGAUGAUGAAAUCCGGGGAGGAAGUUAGUCAGGGUCAGCAAAUGAACGGUUUUGUGGAGGAGAAAGCUGCUGGGGAAUCUGGGGAUGGUCGGAAGAUCGAGAGGAGCCCUUCCAUCAAUCUGAAUUCCUUGCCUGCAAUUGCCCCUGCCACUACGGAGAUUGGUGUCUUGCACUGUGCAGUGGAGUCAGAGGCCAACGAUGCAAGCACUCAGAAGGGAGAUGAGUCCAGUGGCACUGAUCAGAAGAAGGUCCCGAAGAAUGAGGAGGUUGAUGAAGGUGAAGUUCAGGCCUGUGCAGAUGUGAAGAGCCACUCGGUUGACCCUUUGAAUAGCGAGAACCAUGCCGGGGAGAAGGAUGCUUUGGUAACUGUGCCAGAAAAUGAGGGUUGUGCGGAUGGUGGCGAUAAUUAUAAGGGAGUUCAAGUUCUCAGCAUUGUCAAAAAGGACGAGUCUGAGGAAAUUGUUGAUUCUAUUAAUCCUGUGACGGUUGCGGAGUAUAGAGAGGAGAAGGGCACCGCCGGUUCUACUUCUGCAAUUACUGCGGUGCGAGCACCUGGCUCCCGCUCAUCUUGUUUCCAUGGUGUGACCAGGCAUAGGUGGAGUGGGAAAUAUGAAGCUCAUUUGUGGGACAGUACUUGCAGAGUAGAAGGACGGAGAAGGAAAGGAAAGCAAGUUUAUUUAGGAAGUUAUGAUACUGAGCAAAAAGCUGCCAGGGCAUAUGAUGUUGCAGCUCUUAAAUUCUUUGGACUAAAUACAAAGCUGAACUUCUCAAUUUCGGAAUAUGAGAAGGAACUGGCGGACAUACAAGACAUGUCUCCAGAGGAAUGUGUGACAUACUUGAGAAGGAGGAGUAGUUGCUUCUCAAGAGGGGCGUCUAUUUACAGAGGAGUUACAAGGAGGCAGAAAGAUGGUCGAUGGCAGGCACGCAUAGGACUGAUUGCUGGAACUAGAGACAUUUACCUUGGAACUUUCAAAACUGAGGAAGAAGCCGCAGAAGCUUAUGAUAUUGCUGCCAUCGAGAUACGCGGCAAAAAUGCGGUGACCAACUUUGACAGAAGCAACUACAUGGACAGGGGCAUGCAUUGUAUAGAAGGCGCAGGGUUGAAGCUGCUUGCAACCAAGCCAGAAUAGUACCUGAUUUGGUAUCGUAUAUUGAACAGAUUUGGUUGGCCGUAUUUUGGAGCCUAGUGGUACAUACAGAUAGAAGAACUGGUCGCAGCCUGUCAUUAUCCGCUGCUGUAUGAUUCUUCAGAUUAUAUAUAGUUCUUUCAGAGAGAAUUUCAGUAAUUUAGCAUGCUUUGUGUCCAGACAAGAUUUUGACCAUGCAUUACUGUUAUAGUGUUUGUAGGCUAGAGUUGCAGUGGAAGAUGUUGCUUCAUUUCACAUGUCUAAAUCGGAGAAUACGUUUUACUUCUAAGUUUUGAUGCUUGGUUUAAUGAAAUAUUCAAGUGUAUGUUCCCAUGA